AUGGGCUUCUUUAAGAACUAUCGUGUUUACAUCCUUACCACAGUGGCCUACUUGGGGUCACUGCUCUUUGGCUAUGAUACGGGUGUUAUGGGCAGUGUACUUGCCCUAGACAGUUUCAAGAAUGACUUUGGUCUCCCAACCGAAUCGAACGGGUUUGCCUCUGCACAGAAUGCUCAAGUAUCCAGCAAUGUGGUUUCCCUCUUGACAGCCGGCUGUUUCUUCGGUGCCAUCUUUGCUGCUCUACUCAACGACCGUCUGGGACGUCGCUAUUCUCUCAUGAUUUUCUCUUUGAUCUUCCUGGUCGGCGCAGCCCUCCAGGUCGGUGCCCAUCACGCCAUUGGGGUUAUCUACGCUGGUCGUGUCAUCGCUGGACUGGGAAUCGGUGGAAUGUCCAGUAUCACACCCGUAUUUGUCAGUGAAAAUUGCCCGCCUGAAACGCGAGGCCGUAUCGCGGGUCUUUUUCAAGAAUUCCUCGUCAUAGGAAGCACUUUCGCAUACUGGCUGGACUAUGGUGUCUCGUUGCGAAUUCCAAGCAGCACCAAGCAGUGGCGCGUUCCCGUGGCCGUUCAGCUGAUCCCUGGAGGACUGAUGUUGAUCGGCCUUUUCUUCCUCAAAGAGUCCCCUCGCUGGCUGAUGGGAAAGGGGCGUUACGAAGAAGCCCUCCAGUCCUUAGCAUACAUCAGAAACGAGUCUGCUACUAGUGAGAGUGUGCAAAAGGAAAUUGCUGAGAUCAAGGCAGCCAUUGACGAAGAAAAUUCCGCAAUGGAGGGCUUGACCUGGCGGGAAUUCCUGCAGAAAAGCAACCGCAACCGCUUUCUCUUCGGCUUUAUCCUCAUGUUCUGGCAGCAGUUCUCAGGAACAAACAGCAUUGGAUACUAUGCACCCCAGAUCUUCCAAACCAUCGGUCUUAGCGCGACCAACUCCUCACUCUUCGCCACUGGUGUCUACGGAACCGUCAAGGUAGUCGCAACUGGUAUCUUCCUGCUCGUCGGUAUCGAUCGAUGGGGACGAAAAGUUUCUCUCGUCGGAGGCAGUAUCUGGAUGGCAAGCAUGAUGUUCAUCAUCGCCGCGGUCCUUGCUACCCACCCACCCGACACAAACGCCACCGGUGUAUCCCAAGCCUCCAUAGCGAUGGUAGUCAUGAUCUACCUGUAUGUCAUCGGGUACAGUGCCUCAUGGGGCCCAACCCCCUGGGUUUAUCUAGGCGAAAUCUUCCCAACACGCCUACGUGCAUACGGAGUAGGGCUAGGAGCGACAUCACAAUGGCUGUUCAACUUCGUGAUUACCGAAGUGACACCCCAUGCCAUCAACAGCGUCGGCUGGCGCACGUUCAUCAUGUUCGGUGUAUUUUGCGUGGCGAUGGGUGUGUUCGUCUUCAUCUUUGCCAAGGAAACAAAGGGCCGCAGUCUUGAGGAGAUGGACAUUCUAUUCGGCGCAGCAGACGAAAAUAAACGACGUGCUGCUGUGGAGCAGACCUUAUACAAGCAUGAGGUGACACAUGCAGAGCGUGUCGACGAGGAGGCUGCUGUGCGUCAGGAGGGAAAUAAGAACUAG